AGAGAGUAUCACAGAAAGUAUCAAAAAGGUUAUCAUACCUACCUACCUAGGUACCUACCUCAUAUCAUAAUCAAUGCCAGCACCAGUAAACAAGAUCACUACAAUGACGACUAACUAGACUUUAACUCCAUGACAUAGCUAUUUCACCUAGUUGGCGCAAUAGGUGUUGAGAAUCACGCAGUCGAUGCCGCCAGAGUCAAUUUGGAAGGUAGAAUUGCAUCCCAAGAUGUUCGCAGCUUGGCGAUUUCUCCAAAAUGAAGCAAAAGCCUACAUUACUCCCCAAUUAUUUAUAUUCGCACCAAUUGCGAAUCUUUGAAAGAGAACAGUUCAUCUGCCAAUGCUACCGCGUAGUGCUGAACUCGCCAUCGGGGAUCACAUCACCUUAUUGCUCAUGGUAAGCAAGCCAAACCCUGACGGUAUAUAUAUAUAUACCUAUAUACCUAUAUAUAUGAAGGUAAUUUGCAGGAUUUCUCUUUUCGCUUCACAAGCUCUUGAUUUGCUACUUCUUCCUUCACAAUGAAGCUUUCUCUCUUAGCUCCAAUUCUAGCUUCUCUCGUUGCAAGCGUUCCAACAGCUCCCAGAAAUGAUGAUGUCGUAUCCUACGAUGGAUACAAGGUCUUGCGGAUAAACACGCAUGGGCACCCAUCGGCUACUAAAGGGAAACUCUCGGGAAUACUUUACGAACAGUGGAACCGGGAUGUCUACAAGCACCUAGAUAUCCUCAUUUCCCCUGAUCAGGUUGUCACGUUCGAAGCACUUGACCUUGACUACCAAGUUAUGCACAAGAACCUGGGAGACUCAAUUUCAUCAGAGUCCAUUUCGAAGUCUGUCUUCUCCAGACAGACUGGAGAUCUCUCGUGGUAUGAUUCGUACCACGACUAUCAGGAUCAUAUCCAAUAUUUCGAGGAUUUGCAAAAGUCAUUCCCAAACAACUCAGAGCUCAUUUCAUCUGGCACCUCUUAUGAGGGGAGAAAUAUAUACGGUCUCCAUCUAUGGGGCGCGAGUGGACCCGGCAAACCGGCAGUACUUUACCAUGGAAAUGUGCAUGCUAGAGAAUGGAUUACAUCGCCGGUCGUCGAGUACAUAACGCUCCAGUUAGUUAGUGGCUACAACGACGGCGAUAAUCUCACUCGUUCCUUUUUGGAUAAGUACGACUUCUAUAUCGUACCAAUUGUGAACCCAGACGGUUUUGCGUAUUCUCAAACAACUGAUCGCUUGUGGCGCAAGAACCGCCAACCGCCACCUGGGAACCAAUCUUGUAUUGGUCGGGACAUUAACCGUAAUUGGGAAUUUGCAUGGGAUGCGAACCCAUUAGGCGCCUCCACAAACCCAUGCUCGCAGAGCUAUAAGGGCGAGGCACCUUCUGACACACCGGAGAACCAGGGUUUAGAUAAGUUGGUACGUCAGUUACGCGAUGGCGCAGGCAUCAAGCUAUACAUAGACUGGCACAGUUAUGGACAGUAUAUUCUAUCGCCAUUUGGGUACAAGGAGACGCUAUACGCGCCCGAACUUGGAAAAUGGACCAAAGCAGCUGGCAUCGUCAGUGAAACAAUACGGGAUAGUUCAGACGCGCGAACUACGUUUACUUUCGGGCCCAGCGGAGCAACUCUGUAUCCAACGACAGGUGCGGCGCCUGACCAUGUUUAUAGCAUUGGCCGUGCCGAGUUCUCCUAUACCAUCGAACUCCGGGACACGGGCAGAUUCGGUUUCGUAUUGCCUCCUGAGCAAAUUAGGCCUACCGCCGAGGAACAGUGGGAGGGACAAAAGGCGUUGCUAAGUUUACUAGACGAGGACUUCUUCGAUGGUGAGGGCCCAGCUUGACCAUUAGGGGUAGGAGCUUGAGAAUAUAUUCGCAUAGUUAUAAUACUAUAAUACACAGACUAGGCAGUCUAGGUCAUAUUGACUAAUUGAAAACCUGA